UAACGGAGCUAACCGCUAACGUUAACGUUGCAUGGCGUUACAUUAUGAUGCCUUCAAGCUCUAUUCAGUAAAAAAUACUACAGUGUGAAUAAAUUAUGAUGCUCUCAUAAUGCUUUCAAAUGCAAUCUUGUAAAAUGUAGUUUUUGGUGAGAAACAUGAAUAAAUGCAGUUUUUUAAGAUGUUUUGACAUAAAAUAGAUAUAAGAGAGAAAAUGAUGACCCCUUUAACUUUUUGUUUUUAAAAAUCUGCUUUCAGAUCAAUGCUUUCAAUAUCUUCUAGCAACGCUCUCAGCUCCCAGCAGCACGGCUAACUGAGCUAACUAGCUGACGGCUACAGUUAGCGUUAGCGUUACUUUAGCAGCAAGUAAAUUGAACUUUCUGGACAUUGAUGACUGUUUCUAAUACGAGUCUCUGUAGCAUCACCAUGAUGUUGAAGCUGCUAUUUUAAGAUGAAAUAGUUCCAUAAUGUCGCUUUAAAACAUCGCAGAAAAACACAAACUAUCACAUUAGAGAAAUGUGAGUUCUCACAUGUCUGAGCGUCCUUGAAUGCAUCACUAUAGAACGAUAUGUGACGAUGAAACCGAUGAUGUUUUUUUUGGUCAGGACGCCGGUGAUGGAGCGAGUGGACGGCCGGAACGGUGAGCAGGUCCGACCUCUGAGGUACCACCUGAACCCCCCGACCGACAUCCCGCUGACUCCGCCCACUAAAGAGAGAGCUGCCCCCCCCACCAGGCCUCUGCCCCCCGACCCCCCCGACCAGCUGCUGGGGAGGCGACCGGCUCCGCCCAACAAGGCCCUCCCCCCCGACCCCCUCACACCUGGACAGGUUCCUGUUCCACUCAAACCUGUUGUGCCCAUAAAGCCCCGCCUGCUGCCCCCGCCGACCCACCCCCUCACCCCCCCCCACCCCGGCUACACCACCGCCACCAAACCACAACACAGAGCCGGACGCAACAGACGACCUCCUCUUCCUCCCUCUGAGCCUCACAAAGUGGACUCGUCUCCUCUUUAGCUGACUCAGCGUCUUCAGAGACAUUUAAUCUGAAGACGCUCACACAAAACAUGAAGAAGAUGAAGACUUUAUUACCCACUUUGCACUCAGUCGUCUGAUUCUCACUGUAAAUAGAUGUUAGCGUGCCUUGCUCAGCAGCACCGGGACACUCGGGACUUGAACCUCUGACCCACGGCCACAUUAAAGUGUCUUGGUGUCAUGAGUUCAGUGCCCCAGCAGGGGUUCAGUGCCUUGCUCAAGGACCCAGAGACGGGGAUCGAACCUGUGAUAACAGUAAAGAGUAACUGGCAGAGGGGUUCUCAAACUGUGGUCUGGGGCCCUCUGCUGGACCCUCUAUAGGCUCCUCUACUGGACCCUCUGCUACAGGACCCUCUGUGGACCCUCUCCUGGACCCUCUGCUACAGGACCCUCUGUGGACCCUCUACUGGACCCUCUGCUACAGGACCCUCUACUGGACCCUCUACUGGACCCUCUAUAGGCCCCUCUACUGGACCAUCUACUGGACCCUCUACUGGA